AGAAACAGAAUAAUACAGACUAAGACCGGACGGGCGGUGUAAGGGAGGAGGUAGUAGUCACUGAGUAUAGUUAUCCGAUUUGGCAGGUUAAUUUACCUAAGAAUAGUAUAUAGAAUAGUCUCAGACAUAGGAUGAAGCAUUCGACGGGCCUGACUACAGUGUUUUCGGUUUAGUUUCUGCCGAAAUUUAGUGACAAGAUGAUUUUUUAGGCGGAAAAUGCGAUAACACCAUUGCAUCGGCAUGCAUCGAACAAGGCAGACUUGCAUCACGAAAACUGCUAAGCAGUUCGGCUCACACACCGCGAGCCGCCCCAUAGCGCUACUGCUCGAUCGAAGGAAAUACUCGACACCUUGAAUCGAUCGCCUCGUCAGGUCAGUCGCGGAAUCGUGCCAUCGCACCUCUGGGAGCCCUGUCACGAUGAAGCCUCAAGACAUCCUGUCCGAGAAGAACAGUCUGUGGAUUUUUGGCUACGGUUCCCUCGUCUGGAAGCCCGACUUUAAAUUCAAGAGGCGCAAAGUUGGCUUUAUCCAGGGUUACAAGAGACGGUUCUGGCAUGGGGACAACUUUCACCGCGGAAACGAUGAAAUGCCCGGCCGAGUGGUGACGCUGGUGGAAGAUGAUGACGCGUGCACAUGGGGCGUGGCCUAUGAAGUGACUGGCUCGCUGAUUGAGGAGUCACUGAAGUACCUGCAUGUGAGAGAAGCAGUGCUGGGUGGCUAUGUCACCAAGGCUGUGGGAUUUGUGCCACGUGGGGAGAGCCAGGCCCAGCACUUGGCAGUGGUGUACAUCGCAACCGCCGACAACCCCACCUACCUGGGACCGGCCAGUGCCGAGGAGAUCGCUGCUCAGAUUGCCAUUUGCCAAGGCAAAUCCGGCCACAACAUGGAGUACCUGCUCCGCCUGGCGCAGUUCAUGAGGCGGCAGUGCCCAGAGGUGGAGGAUACCCACCUCUUCUCCAUUGAGGCUUGCACCCUUGCUCUAGUGCCCUACCUCCUGGGCACUGAGCAGUCCUGUGACCCUCCAGGCAGGGCAGUGCAGCUGUGAAAUGCUGCCCUACCCUCCCCACUGCGUCAAAAUGUCAAUUCCUCCAUUGUCUGCAGUAGCUGUGUUUGGUGUACGUGUGCAUUGAUGGAACGGUCUGGAUUGUAUUAUGACGUGAACUGCUGUUUAGUCACACGAAACACUAAAAAGUGGUGUUAAAGUGCACGUUCUUGAUGCUUUAUAUGCAACAGUUGUGGAGUUCAUAAAUGGUGUUUCAUGGCAUCAGCAUGUGCACGCAUCUAUUUGUGGAAAUAAAGUGUGCUUUACUGAA